UUUGCAGCAAGAUGAACUUCAGUUUGAGCGGUUGUCUGCUACAGCAGCUGCUGCUAGCGCUGCUCUGUGUCCAAGUAUGGUCUAGACUGCACAAGCGCCAUGGCGGCUACUACUAUAGACAGGAGCAGGCGCAGCCACUACAUCAUGGCCACUACUUUGAGCCAGCGGAGCAGCAGCAGGAGCAUAAACAUGCGCCACAUAGUGGAUCCGGACGUGGCGAGUCGACAGCUCCAGAGCACAGCAGCAAAACUGGCUAUAGCAUAGGCAGUGGCUUGCGUUCCAUAGCGCAAGGAUCGGCGGAUCAGGCGUACAGCGCUGUAGCUAAUCAACAUGCCGCCGCCAAGCAGGCUGCCUUCAUAGCCAAGAAUACGUUGGCGCAAGCGGCCAGCCAAGCUGCUGCCACCGCUCAAGCUGCGCUUGCCGGCAAGCAAGUUAUACUACAGGAGUUGGAACAACAGGCAGCCGAGGCGCAACGCGCGCUCUCACGAGAAUUGGAACAACUCAAAGCCGCCAAGUUGUCAGCUAAGCUGGCUCAACAAACUGCUCAAGCAGCGCAUCAUCAUAUUUCAGUACUCACCGCAGCUGUAAAUAAUGCCAAGUCUGUGGCUGAGCAGGCCGAACAAACAUCCACUGAAGUGUCCAACCAGCUGGCAUCGCAAGCCACUAUGGUGGGUCAGGCAAAAAACCGCGUCGAGCAAGUUGAAGAGCAAUUGCAGCAGGCACGCGUUGAUUUUGCUGCCACCAAGGAGUCGGCUCUCAAGGCAGCAUCCUCAGCUGCAGCAGCGCAAGUAAAUGCAUCCAAGGCAGGUGCGCAUGCCACAAUUGGACUACACGAGAGCGCCAAUAAUCAGGAGCACGCACACGAACGGGAUGAAGAUGAAGAGUCCUAUGACGAGCACGCGGACACCAGCGGCGUGGGUCAUACGGGUAGCGAUACACUUGAGGAACACUCACGCAAAGGCUAGUCUAUGUUUAAUAUUAUUUUAUUUAACUAUUUAUUUAUGCCAACUAAUUGAAGUUUUCUGCGCGCCAACAAUUGUUAUCGCGAAAUGUUAAGUGUUAUCGAUUACGAUGCUAAACAGCUGUUGCUGUAAUAAAGCUGCCAGACUAUUUAAAAGCAUAAAAACAGUGCCUGCACU